AUGCAUCACAGGAUGAAUGAAAUGAACCUGAGCCCAGUGGGGAUGGAGCAGCUGACUUCAUCCUCUGUGAGCAAUGCCUUGCCAGUCUCAGGGAGUCACCUGGGGUUGGCUGCCUCACCCACUCACAAUGCCAUCCCAGCCCCAGGGCUGCCAGUGGCGAUUCCAAACCUGGGUCCCUCCCUGAGCUCUCCGCCUUCUGCUUUGUCUCUCAUGCUCCCAAUGGGUAUUGGGGAUCGAGGGGUGAUGUGUGGGUUACCUGAAAGAAACUACACCCUACCUCCACCACCUUACCCCCACCUUGAGAGCAGUUACUUCAGAACCAUUCUACCUGGCAUUUUAUCUUAUUUAGCUGACAGACCACCUCCUCAGUAUAUCCACCCUAACUCUAUAAAUGUUGAUGGUAAUACAGCAUUAUCUAUCACCAAUAACCCUUCGGCGCUAGAUCCCUAUCAGUCCAAUGGAAAUGUUGGAUUAGAACCAGGCAUUGUUUCAAUAGACUCUCGCUCUGUGAACACACAUGGUGCCCAAAGUCUUCAUCCCACUGAUGGCCAUGAGGUGGCCUUGGACACAACAAUCACUAUGGAGAACGUCUCUAGGGUCACCAGCCCAAUCUCUACAGAUGGAAUGGCAGAAGAGCUUACCAUGGAUGGUGUUGCAGGCGAGCAUACCCAAAUCCCAAAUGGCUCCAGAAGUCAUGAACCUCUGUCUGUGGAUUCUGUGAGCAACAACCUUGCAGCAGAAACUGUAGGACAUGGUGGUGUGAUACCCAUUCAUGGGAAUGGCCUGGAGCUCCCUGUGGUCAUGGAGACAGACCACAUUGCAAGUCGGGUCAACGGAAUGUCUGACAGUGCCCUCAGUGACUCCAUCCACACCGUGGCCAUGAGCACCAACUCUGUAAGCGUGGCACUCUCUACCUCACACAACCUCGCCUCCCUAGAAUCUGUUUCCCUCCAUGAAGUUGGCCUAAGCCUAGAACCUGUGGCUGUCUCCUCCAUCACCCAGGAGGUUGCUAUGGGGACAGGUCAUGUAGAUAUGUCUUCAGACAGUCUUUCUUUUGUACCACCUUCACUGCAAAUGGAAGACUCCAAUUCAAACAAGGAAAAUAUGGCAACCUUGUUUACAAUUUGGUGCACUCUCUGUGACCGAGCCUAUCCCUCAGACUGCCCAGAUCACGGACCGGUGACUUUUGUUCCUGACACUCCAAUAGAGAGCAGAGCGAGGCUUUCUCUCCCAAAGCAGCUUGUUCUCCGCCAGUCAAUUGUGGGAGCAGAUGUUGGUGUAUGGACUGGAGAAACCAUUCCUGUGCGGACUUGCUUUGGGCCUCUUAUUGGCCAGCAAAGUCACUCCAUGGAAGUAGCAGAAUGGACAGACAAGGCAGUUAAUCAUAUCUGGAAGAUAUACCACAGUGGUGUCCUAGAAUUCUGCAUCAUUACAACUGACGAAAAUGAAUGUAAUUGGAUGAUGUUUGUGCGCAAAGCCAGGAAUCGGGAAGAGCAGAAUUUGGUGGCUUAUCCCCAUGAUGGAAAAAUCUAUUUCUGCACCUCACAAGAUAUCCCUCCUGAAAAUGAACUGCUUUUUUAUUACAGCCGGGAUUAUGCUCAGCAGAUUGGUGUUCCUGAACACCCAGAUGUGCACCUCUGUAACUGUGGCAAGGAGUGCAGUUCCUAUACAGAGUUCAAAGCCCACCUGACCAGCCACAUCCAUAACCAUCUUCCUAGCCAGGGCCACAGCAGCAGCCAUGGGCCAAGCCACAGCAAAGAAAGGAAGUGGAAGUGCUCCAUGUGCCCCCAAGCUUUUAUCUCUCCUUCCAAACUUCAUGUUCACUUUAUGGGUCACAUGGGUAUGAAGCCCCACAAGUGUGAUUUCUGUAGCAAGGCUUUUAGUGAUCCCAGCAACCUGCGGACCCACCUCAAGAUACAUACAGGUCAGAAGAACUACAGGUGCACUUUGUGUGACAAGUCUUUCACCCAGAAGGCUCACCUGGAGUCCCACAUGGUUAUCCACACGGGCGAGAAGAACCUCAAGUGUGAUUACUGUGACAAGCUGUUCAUGCGGAGGCAGGACCUCAAGCAGCACGUGCUCAUCCACACACAGCGCCAGAUCAAGUGCCCCAAGUGUGAUAAGCUGUUCUUGAGAACAAAUCACUUAAAGAAACAUCUCAAUAUACAUGAAGGAAAACGGGAUUAUGUCUGUGAAAAGUGUACAAAGGCUUAUCUAACCAAAUAUCAUCUCACCCGACACCUGAAAACCUGCAAAGGGCCCACGUCCAGUUCAUCAGCGCAGGAGGAGGAGGAGGAAGACGACUCGGAGGAGGAGGAGCUCGCGGACCCUGUGGGGGCAGAAGGCUGCCGGGUUAGCAGUGCUGUGUAUCCCGCGGACGAGGCUCUGUCUACACAUAAAUGAAAGGAAAAGGAGCCAGCUGUUUCGGAUGGAAAAUACAAAAGGGAAAAACACACAUGACCAGUUAUCCACUACCGUGCUUUUUAUAUAAAAUAAUUUCUGAUUUCCUUCCAGCCAACAGUCAAAACAGACUAAAUGGGAACGGAUAAAGCACUUAUAGAAGAGUAUCCUAAUGAAAACACUUUAAGAAAGAUUGAGAAAAGAGCAUGUAUCCUAUUUUUAAGUGGCGUAUGGGGAGGAAAGUGUCAACUUUUGAGAUCUUUUUUUUUUUUUGCUGUACACGGGCCUCUCACUGUUGUGGCCUCUCCCAUUGUGGAGCACAGGUUCCGGAUGCGCAGGCUCAGGGGCCAUGGCUCAUGGGCCUAGCUGCUCUGCGGCAUGUGGGAUCUUCCCGGACCAGGGCACGAACCCGUGUCCCCUGCAUCGGCAGGCGGACCCUCAACCAUUGCGCCACCAGGGAAGCCCUGAGAUCUAUUCUUUAUUUACAUAAUUGGGUGAUACGUUUAUGCCUGAGUCAGAGCUGCUCUCUGCCCAAACAAAUCAGAUUUAUUUUAAAUUCUUUCAUUAUUCCAUUUUUCUCCCAAGCCACUGAUUUGGUAGCACUCUAAACUUGGUCCCUGCCUUACAGUCGUCCUGAUUAUGGUUCUGGUGUUUUGUUUUAUGCAGACUUGUGACUUCCCAGAAUGGAUUGGAAUAUAACAACGUAAGCUUGUUACUCUUGACUGCAGCUAACAAGUUUAAAGCACCACCUACCUUAAUCUCUCCUGGCUGCUUGGGAGUUUAGGGUAGGUCUUGCUUCCCAAAAUUUCAGCAGGUACCUAGAGGACAGAUAAAAAAGGGAGCAGCCAGGCAGUAGGCACUGAUGGAGAGAAGAAAAGGAGAGAUACCUGGGCCACUGUCCAAGAAGCUAGCUUUGAUUGAAGCUGGGGUAAGAGAUCUGGUGGUUGUUCCUUAGAGG